UCGAGGCGAAAUUACGAGCAUCCGAGGCUGUUUUUGGUUUCACUUCCUCAAAGAACCAGUACUGUGUUCAGUGUUUUUUCCCCUCCUGAUAUUGUUUGAGACAAGAUAUAUUUCCUAUUCUAACGGUCAUAGAGAAACGUUUUGUUAUUAUCCUGUCGCACGCUAUUUAAUGGUUUAUAAUAACCAAGACUGGAGUUUGUUUUUGAAGAGAGACGUAGUUCCCGAGUUUUUCCGCCGCGGACUAGGACAGCGCGGAUAAGAACAAUGUUAUCAAAGGUUCUGACGUAAAUACAGGCAGCUGAAGCCAUGCAUAUUAUGGGCUCCAGUGCCGAAGAAGCCCGUGCUGGACUAACGGGCCAUGUGUCCACUGUCCAAAUGCUCACCUUGCACCGUGAGCUACUAGUUUCCCAGGUGAAGAGCACGCAGUGCAUUCUGGAUAACCUCCUACAAAGUGGCUUUCUGUGUAUUGAGGAUACAGAAAUCAUCCAGCGCUCAGCCACCAAGACAGACCAGGUGCGUAAAAUCCUGGAAUUGGUCCAAAGCAAAGGGGAGCAGGCAUGUGAAUACUUCCUAUAUAUUCUCUACAAAGUUUAUGAUGCAUACAUAGACCUCCAACCAUGGCUUAAAGAGAUCAACUACCAGCCACCAGACUUCAUACGGGACAUACCAGUGAAGAACACGGACCCUAUUAGUAGGUACUGUGAGAAGCUGAGGCACGAGCUGGGCCGAGACACACGCUUCAUUGCAUCCUACACCAAGCGAGAGGAAACCCAGCUGGAGGAGCUCUAUACAGACACCCUGAUGGAGCUCCUGAAUGACCGCAAUGAGAGCCUGGGCCACCUGGAGGGUCUGGAGCAGCUCCUGGGAGAACAGGGUGUCUUUAACCCACAGGCAGAGACAGUGCUCAUCACGGGGGACGCUGGGGUGGGCAAGUCCAUCCUCCUCCAGAAGCUCCAGAGGCUGUGGUCCAAUAGGGAGCUGGAACAGACAGACGCCAUGUUCUUCUUCAAGUUCCGCUGUAGGAUGUUCAGCACAUUCAAGGAGACAGACGAGAUCUCACUCAGGGACCUGCUUUUCAAAUACAACUGCUACCCCGACCAAGAUGCAGACAAUGAGGUGUUUAGCUACAUCCUCCGCUUCCCCGAAAAGGUUCUCUUUACGUUUGACGGCUAUGAUGAGAUCCAGGCUGAUCUGGACCUGGAGAACAUGCCUGAGGUGGUUUCUCCAGAGGAGAGGACUCAUCCCCUUCUGGUGCUCAUUAACCUGCUCUGUGGGAAGCUGCUCAAUGGUUCCCGGAAAGUCCUUACUGCUCGGACAGGCACCGAGGUCCAGAGCAGGGUGAUCCGGAAGAGGGUGGCACUGCGUGGGUUCUCUCCGGCCCACCUUCAAACCUACACAAACCUACACUUCAAAGAGCAGGAGCACAGGGACCUGGUCUCAGUCCAGCUGGAUGCCAGCCCCCACCUCUGUGGCCUCUGCUCCAUCCCCCUCUUCUGCUGGAUCGUCUUCAAGAGCUUUAAACACCUGAGCUCAGUCUACGACGACUUUGAGUUGCCAGAGGCUUGCGUGACCCUCACUAACAUAUUCCUUCUGCUUUCUGAAGUCUUCUUCAGCCGGGGUGCCGCUCCCCCACCGGGCCUCCUGACGAGAAACACCAGGUGCCCCGCUGAUACCUUCAGGGCAGGGUUGAGGCCACUGACAGCCUUCUCCAAGCUGGCUCUGCUGGGCAUGGAGAGAGGAGGAUUUGUGUUCGACCAGGAGGAGGUGACCUCCUGUGGCCUGACUGAGGACGACCUUCAGGUGGGUUUCCUCCGACCGGUCAGCCGCUACGAUGCCUGUGGAAACCCUUCCACCUUUGAGUUCUUUCAUCUCACCCUACAGUCCUUCUUGGCUGCAUUCUCCCUGGUUCUGGACGAACAGGCCAGCGACGGGAACAUCCUCAAGUUCUUCACCGAGUGCAGCAGGAGGGACAACACAUCUUGUUUAUCGUGUGUCUUCCCCUGCAUCGGUGGCUCCUCCAAACCCAGGGGAAAGGACCCGUUCAAGACCAACGAGCAUCUCCAGUACGCCAACCUCUUCCUGUGUGGACUGCUGUCUAAGGCCAAUGCCGGCCUGCUGGAGCACAUGGUUCCUCCAGCACUACUGAAGAGGAAGCGGGCGGUCCUCAAGUCCUACCUGUCCACCAGCGUGAGAUCCCACCUCCGCGGCUUGCCACUCCACAGCACAGAGCAGGAGGGCAGCAAGGUGCAUGUCCUGCCCAACUUCCUGUGGAUGCUGCGCUGCAUCUUCGAGACAGGAAGUAAAGAGGUGGCCCAGCUGACUGCGAAGGGAAUCACAGCUGACUACAUCAAGCUGGGCUACUGUAAUGUGUCCUCUGGCGACUGCAGUGCCCUCAACUUUGUGCUGCAGCACCGGCGGAAGAGGCUAGGGGUGGACAUGGACAACAACAACAUCAGUGACUAUGGGGUCAAGCAGCUCAGGCCUUCAUUCAGUAAGAUGACCGUGGUGAGGUUAUGUGUCAAUCAGAUCUCAGACAGCAGCAUUGAAGUACUGGCUGAGGAGCUUAUCAAACACAGAGUGGUGGAGGUUUUGGGACUUUACAAUAAUCUCAUUACGGACAUCGGAGCCAAACUAAUUGCUCAUAUCAUUGAGGAAUGUCCUAAGUUAAGAGUCGUCAAGGUUGGCAGCAACAAGUUCACCAGUGUGGGUGGCAGGUAUCUGGCCAGUGCCAUUCAGAAGAGCACAUCUAUCUUUGAAGUGGGAAUGUGGGGGAACAGUAUUGGUGAUGAAGGAGCAAGAGCAUUCGCAGAGGCCCUGAGGAAUCACCCAAGUCUUACCAACCUCAGCCUCUCAGCCAAUGGCAUCACUUCAGAAGGUGGGAGGCACUUGGCCAAAGCACUAAAAUGCAACACUAUGCUCAGAAUCUUCUGGUUGGUGCAAAACGAGUUGUCAGAUGAUGUAGCACCAGACAUGGCAGAGCUGAUCAGAUCCAACACGGGUCUAUCUCACCUCUGGUUAAUCAAUAAUCAGCUGACAGUGGAUGGAAUCAGAAAGCUGUCAGAGGCUCUCUCCCACAACACAUCACUCAAAGAGAUCUGUUUGAAAGGAAACUGUCUUUCUGAAGAGGAAGAGAAGCUGUUUGAGGCUGAGGGAAGGCUACGCUUCCACUGAGGAGACAGAACUGAGCUGGAGAGUGUGUAGAUUGGUCACAUCUGUUACCGAAACUUAGAAGUUCUUUGUGUGUUUUCUUGCAUACUGCAUUUUGUAAAUAUUUGAACAUACUGUAUUAGCUAGGUGAUUCUGGCAUAUGGGUAAAAGCCUUGACUACUGGCUGUAAGCGAAUGAGUGAUGCGAGUUUGGAGCAAUACUGGCUGUAUACAAGGGUCAGCCAAUCGUCCACAUAACAGAAUGCAGCACGCGACUGAAGAGAGAAGAGACAACCAACCUGCUAGUGACAGCAUCAGCACGCACGCCCCGGAAAGACCGCGGGGAGUAGAAAGGCAGUUUGUCAGUUACAGCAGCGCAUCCCCUGGACGAUAAAGAGGUAACGUUAGGUGAGAAGCCUGACGACGGAGAUGGGGGUGAUAAAGGUGAUGAAGCGUACUUCAUGAGCUGUAACAGAAAAACAGCUGUUAUUUGGGAAAUUUGAGGUGAGGGAGAAAGUGUGAUGGAACAAGUAUUAGCAUUGUUAAGUAUCUUACUAUCUGGAUCUCCCGUUAGCUAGCCAGAGAAAUGUUGAGCAACAUUUUGCCAACUUAACUGAUCAAAUAAUUGUGUUUAUGGUGUGAAAAUUAGCUGGCUACUAAAGUCAGACAACAUCAGAUGAGCUAACGUUAGUAACGUUAACCUAACCAAUUCGCUAUAAUACUAACUCGUAUACGACUUCUUGCCGUUCAAGUUAUAACGCGUUUGUUGCUUACUGGACCCUGGCAAUCAGUGAAAUGUUGACUAGCUAACGAACAAACUACUAAGGUUUUCCCUCUACAGCAUGUGGUUCAUUUUCAGAAUGAGAGAAUUAGGUGAAAAUGAGGUGUUGCUUGUUAAACAAGUGCAUUCAGGGAUCAAGUGUAGCUGGGCCUGGCUUAAGCUGGAUGCCACUAUAGAGGUGAAAGGAACACCACACACUUUCCCUAUUUCUCACUUUUUCAAUACAGUGGAUAAAAAGGGGUAUGCCAGGUGUACUGUCUGCCUGAAAGAGAUCAAUUAUGCCAACAAAGGGUAUCAUGCUCUGCUAGCACAUUGUAGAACAGAUGUCCACAGGCUUAAAGUGUACAAUUGUAAUAAUGUGCAGUGUAGCCCAAAGAUUUAGCUUAUGUUGUGUUGAAUUUGACAGUAACACUUGUGUGUGAGUGAGGGGGGAUUAUUAACAUUUUUACUCAGUGAACAUUAUUUUUGCAAGUGUGUAACCUUGUGCACUUGAUCAAUGGUGGCCACUAUAAUAGAAUGCCUGUUUGUUUCAUUCUAUUUCUACGUGAAGAUGUAUUUUUUAAAAGUGCAAUAUUUAGCUGUGUGUGUGUGUGUGAGGUCACAAGUGUUCUAUUAUAAAGGCUGUCAUGGCUAACUGCAAUAUUGUAUUGUUUUUUCCCAAGACUUGUUGUUUGCAGUAAAGUCUAGACAAUAAAUAACAUUGAAUUGC